AUGUCUGCCUCAGUUUGUCCCCUGUGUCUGAACCAGUGUGUUUCCCAAUGUGUUCCUCAGUGUGAACCCUGUGUCUGCCUCAAUGUGCCCCUGUGUCUGCUCCAGUGUGUCCCCUGUGUCUGCCUCAGUGUGUCCCCGGUGUCUGCCUCAGUGUGUCCCAGGUGUCUGCCUCAGUGUGUCCCAGGUGUCUGCCUCAGUGUGUCCCAGGUGUCUGCCUCGGUGUGUUCCCUUUGUCUGCCUCGGUGUGUCCCAGGUGUCUGCCUCAGUGUGUCCCCUUUGUCUGCCUCAGUGUGUCCCCGGUGUCUGCCUCAGUGUGUCCCAGGUGUCUGCCUCAGUGUGCCCCCUUUGUCUGCCUCGGUGUGUCCCCUUGGUCUGCCUCAGUGUGUCCCAGGUGUCUGCCUCAGUGUGUCCCCUUUGUCUGCCUCAGUGUGUCCCCGGUGUCUGCCUCAGUGUGUCCCAGGUGUCUGCCUCAGUGUGUCCCCUUUGUCUGCCUCGGUGUGUCCCAGGUGUCUGCCUCAGUGUGUCCCCUGUGUCUGCCUCGGUGUGUCCCCUGUGUCUGCCUCAGUGUGUCCCAGGUGUCUGCCUCGGUGUGUCCCCUUUGUCUGCCUCGGUGUGUCCCAGGUGUCUGCCUCAGUGUGUCCCCUUUGUCUGCCUCAGUGUGUCCCCGGUGUCUGCCUCAGUGUGUCCCAGGUGUCUGCCUCAGUGUGCCCCCUUUGUCUGCCUCGGUGUGUCCCCUUGGUCUGCCUCAGUGUGUCCCAGGUGUCUGCCUCAGUGUGUCCCCGGUGUCUGCCUCAGUGUGUCCCCGGUGUCUGCCUCAGUGUGUCCCAGGUGUCUGCCUCAGUGUGUCCCCUGUGUCUGCCUCGGUGUGUCCCCUUGGUCUGCCUCAGUGUGUCCCCUUUCUCUGCCUCGGUGUGUCCCCUGUGUCUGCCUCAGUGUGUCCCAGGUGUCUGCCUCGGUGUGUCCCCUUUGUCUGCCUCGGUGUGUCCCAGGUGUCUGCCUCAGUGUGUCCCCUUUGUCUGCCUCAGUGUGUCCCCGGUGUCUGCCUCAGUGUGUCCCAGGUGUCUGCCUCAGUGUGAUCCUGAGUGUGUCCCCUGUGUCUCCUCCAGUGUGUGA